CGCACUCGCACACGCAUUUCUGCAGUGCCUCGAAAAAAAAAAAAGAUAGAUGAGUCAACUCGCGUGCCCCAGGACGGAGUCGACUCACCAUAGGCUCCACGAGUUCGCCAAAACCGCCCUCAUCAAGAUCUUCGCCCAUCCUUACGCCAGUGUCUGCGAGUUGUACUGUGGAGGAGGACUGUACAUGGACAAGUGGGACGAAGCCCAAAUUGGUCACUACAUGGGAAUUGAUGUAUCGUCCUCUGGAAUAAGCCAAAUAAGAGAAGCGUGCGAGAGCCAGAGGAAGGCUUAUACUUCUGAGUUUUUUGAGCUAGACCCUUGCUUGGAAAAUAUAGAGAUGCAUUUACAGGAGAAGACCAAUCAAGCUGAUUUAGUGUGCUGCUUGCAGCAUUUGCAGUUGUGCUUCGAAACUGAGGAGAGAGCAAGGAAACUUUUACAGAAUGUGUCAUCUUUGCUGAAACCGGGGGGUUAUUUUUUUGGUAUUACUCCUGACUCAUCUACAAUAUGGGCAAAAUACCAGAAGAAUGUUGAAGCAUACCAUAACAAAAGCAGCAGCAUGAAGCCAAACAUUGUUCCCAAUUGCAUUCGAUCAGAAAGCUACAUGAUCACCUUUGAAGUGGAAGAAGAAAAGUUCCCAUUAUUUGGAAAGAAAUACCAGCUGAAAUUUGCUAGUGAUAUAUCUGGCGAAACCCAUUGCCUGGUUCAUUUUCCAAGUUUCAUCAGGUUGGCAAGAGAAGCUGGUCUUGAGUAUGUCGAGAUUCAAAACUUAACAGAGUUUUAUGAUGAUAACAGGGCCCAAUUUGCAGCCAUGCUAAUGAAUUCUGGUCCAAACCUUGUUGACCCACGGGGGAGACUUCUUCCUCGAUCUUUUGACGUUCUAGGUCUUUAUACCACCUUUAUAUUUCAAAAGCCAGACCCAGAUAUUGCUCCUCCAAUAAUGACCCCUUUAUUGCCGGAGACAAGUUACAAUCAUGAUGAGAGAGAGUGGCAGGGGACUAGCCGGAGAGACGAUGAAAAGAAUGGGCAUACAGAGCCACCACCUCUUGGAUUAGGCAAGAUUAAUGACCAGAAAGGGAUUUUGGGUCCUGGCCCUGCAGAUUUACGUUUUUCAGAGGCACUUUGACCUGAUUGGAAACAAGCAAGAGGGAUUUGGAUGGGGAAGGGAAGCACCAACAUAUUGUGUCGCCACCAAUGCGAACUCAUUUUGUUCAUGUGGUUGUAACAGAUUUGGGGUCCAUCAACCCUUUUUUUUUUUUUUUUUUUGAAUUCAUUUGUAUGUAAUUGUUCCUCUUUUCGAUGGCCUAAGCAUGUGUAUAUGGGUUUUAACUGAAUGAACCAGAGCUUUGACAAAUAUAGUUAAAAAGCCGUUCUCCAUGUGACAGUUAA